UCUUAUUUAAAAAUGAUCCUUCUUGUCAAUAGUGCUAUUUAAUUUUAAGUUUGAUUAUGUUCUCAAUAGUUGGUAAUCACUUAUAACUAAAAUUGGAGUAAACAUUUUAUGAUGACUUUUUUAACACACCUGUUUGGUCACACUUUACAAAACUCUAAAUCUCUUGUAAGCUCUACUACUAGUAAUUUAGCAUGUGUGAGAUACGCAUCAAAAAAGGCUAGUAGUAGUACAAGAAAUUCACAAGGCAAUCGAAGACCAAAACAUAGAGGGUGGAGAGUACAAGAUGGGCACACUGUUUUGAAGUCAACAAUAUUAGCUACUCAACUGAGACCUAGGUUUCAUCCAGGGCUUUAUGUUGGUAUGGGUAGAAAUGGUACAUUAUACGCUUUGGAGCCUGGGAAAGUAGUGGUCACUUGUGAAAAGAUUAAUCCAAAUAUGAAACAUAGAUGGGCUCGGUUAAAUUAUGCAGGCAGAGAAGACAGUGUUAUAUAUAAAAAGUACUUUAAUGUUAUCCCUGAAAAACAACAUGAUAGAUUUAAAGUAAUUGAUACUGUUUAGAUAAAUGUUUAUGACUGCAUUUAUCUUAUAAAUGAACAAUACAGCACAUACAACUAGAAAUAGAAAAAUUGUUAUUUUGUUCUUUUAAUAGACUCAGUCCUAUACA